CUCACUUUGUUAUUUACUCUGUCUAAUGCCAGAUGAUUGUACUCGUCAAGGGGAGAAUCUUGUGCAUUAAUUGUUAAAAACUCAGAUAAAACAGCACAUACAUUUAAAUAAAUUAUUAACCUUGUGAUGUAUUGUGGCAAUCCAAACUUUCUAAGUGCCUAAACUUCUCUGUUUUCAAUUAGCAAAGCACAGCAAUCCAUGAAUAGUUCAAACCUGGAAACCAAACAAGCACCUGAAGGCCGUCCUCGUGGACGAGGAAGAGGCCGUGGGUUAAGGGGUAGAUCACAGAAUCAGUGUGAUAGCCCCAGGAACAGUCCCACCGCUUCUCGUAGACCUGCUCAAGCCUUGUACAGUCCAGGAGCUUUCAGUAAACACAGAAAUAACGACCAAGCAGUUGAAUCUCCUGAAAAUGUUAGGACUAAGAACACUGUGCCAAAAUCUCUCAUUAAAACAGAACCUGUACAUGAAAAGUCUGAAAUCUCAAUAUCAGAACAGGUUGACAAAUCAAAUGCAAGAGAUCAGGAGGACUGUGAAUUUGGGUUGGAAGAUAAUGGGGAUAAAAGGAAUAACAUAUCAGAGGAUGAGAAGAGUUUCGAAAACGAUUUCAACAAGUCGUACGUUAGUUCUCCCACCAGUAAUUCUGUUGAACAUGGAUCGAGGGACGUAAAAAAGAAUAAUAGUAGUUCACCUACUGAUAUCACAAGCAAAAGAAUAGAUCAUGCUGAUGUUACCGAUGUUGUGGUUAGUGAAAGUCAACCUGAUUGCAUCGAUUCCAAUUGUGAUAAUGUUACAAAUAGUUUGCAAUCACGUGACAAUGUAGGACAAACGAAUCGUUUUGAUUGCUCUGCAAAUAGUAACGUUCACAAUGAAAUUAUGUCAGAAAAAUGUGAGAAACAGGAAGAAAUCUGUACUACAUUUGAAGACACCCUUCUGGAAGAUACGUGUGAAACCAUUCAGACUAACGAUCAUACCAAAUUGAAUUGUGGCAAGACAAGUAAGAAAGCCAUCCAAGUGGAGGUUCCAAUAACUUCAUCUGAAUCAAGUGACUCUAAAAUUUUUCCAAAUAAAAGUAGUGGCUCUGAGAAAUCGAUGAAUGAAAGUAAAGAGAAAGGAAAUGCUUCUAAAGAAGGAGUAGAGGAAAGAAUAAAUGUUAUGGGAGAUGAAAGGCAGUUGGCAGAAACAAAAGUUGAGGAUACUGUAGAUAGUGUUACUGAACGUUUGGGAACUAACACAGCGUGUAUGGCUGAUAGAGAGUCUUAUGUUAAUAUUCACGAUAAUAAAACAAACGUUGAAGACAGUGUUGAUGUUUCUGGUUGCAUAAAGUCUGUUUCCGUUAUGUCCGAUAUAACAGAAGAAGAAAUGCCUGCAUCAAGUCAAGCGUUGAGCGGCGACUUGAGUAAUGAAGUUGGCAAAAUAACACAAGGGAAGAAUGAACGUAUGGUGUUUAGUGAAAGUAAAGAUGAGGCACUAAGCAAAAUUAAACAAUACAACAGAACGAAUUUGAAUGAUAAAAUAUCACUUGGAAAUAAUGAAAGUUUGGUGGAUAAAGAAAAUGAAGGAAACGCCGAGGCACAACGAGAGAGUAAACCUAAACAGAACAAAAAGAACUUGAAUGAUACAGAUGAUAAAAUAGCACUGGAAAAUAAUGAAAGUGGGGUGGAUAGUGGAUGUGAGGAAAAGAUUGAAACACAGAGCAAGGAGAAAUGGCAAUGCAAGCCAGAAACCUUGAAUGAUGAGGACAAAAUAGUUCAGGGAAAUAAUGAAAGUAUUGAGAGUACUGGAAGUAAAGGAAAGGUUGAAACAAAAAGUACCUCGAAUGAUGAUGACAAAAUACAUGUAACAAUAGGAAAUAACGAAAGUAUGGUGGACAGUGAAAAUAGGAAACAGGUUCAAUCGCAUUCACAAAGCAAGAGUAAACGACAAAGCAAGAAAGAGGAGAAAGCUAAAAAGAAAGAAGAUAAAUUAAAGAAAAAGCAAGUGAAAACAAAAUCUGAGAAAACAGUAAAGCAGAAGAGUGAAGGUGAAGAAAAAAGAGCAACGAAGGAAGAUGAAGUUCUUGAUUCAGGAAAGAAAGGAAAAGCCAUUAAAGAAGUUAAGAUUCAGCAACGAAAAGAAAAUCAGGCAGGAAGUAAAGAAAAAACUAUGGCUAAAGGAGGUGAAGUUCUUGAUUCGGGAAAGAAAGGAAAAAGUGAUAAAGAAGUUAAGAUUCAACAAGAAAAAGAAACAAAUUCGAUAGCUGGUGAUCAGGUGUUAAAAGUUGUGAGAGAAUCUAAAGAUACGUUGCUGAAAGUGAGUGUUUCUGAUGAUCACAGUUUAAACCAGGAAGAUAAUGGCAACGAGGACAGCGCAGAAGAGGACUGGGAAAAAACGUGGAAUGAUGACGGAGAAUGUUUAGAUGAACAUAUGUUAGCUGAGGUGAGAAGAUACUGUAACUUUUAUUAUAUGUACUGUAAGGUCUGGUCUUAUUCUAGAUUCAGUCACUGAUAUCAGUAUUCUAGAUUUUCCUUGUUUCUAAUUUUCAGCUGAAUGAACAGAUCGGCACAAAGAACGUUCAGGUUGUUAAACCGCAGUUUGACUACUUGUCUUUCAAGCCAAAUGACAUUGUUCUGGAAAACGGAGGUAUUGUGGAUCGUUUUAUCUAUCUACACGAAACCACACGACGUUUAUGUUUUAUUGGCAGUUUGUAAGAAUGUUCCUUAAUUGUUUGUUAAACUACAGUAGUUCUUUUCACUACACUACGUAAGUGUUCAGACGACCUCGUCCAAUUGAUUGUUUUGCCGAUGGACACAUUUCUCAUGAUGUGCCAUUAAAACGCAUAAUAUAAAAGCAAUUCAUUUGUUAAAUUGAGCCAGUAAAAAUCACUGUUGCGAAAAACUGUGCAUUUUUCAGCUCGCUCUAACCAAAUCUUAAAGAUACUGUAUUUUAAUAUUAUGAAACAUUAUGUUAAAAGUUAUUGGAGUGAACACAUUUUACGAUAACUGAAAUUGGUAGGGCAAAUUCAAUGUUUUACAAUGAAACGUUUUGUAUUUUUAAGCACGUUCUUAACACUAUACAGGGAACUACAAAAUAGUACAACAAAAUUAUUAGUACUAGUACUUUCUGUCAAUUUAAUUAGGAAUCCUUUUUGGCAAGACUAAUUUACUCGUUUUAUUUUAUAGUAUUUGAUCAUGUCGUGGAACUAUAUGACUUUUCUCCAGAUUUUAAGAAUCACGAUCUAAUAAAUGCCCUAUCAAAUUUCCAGUAAGUUAUAUAUACAUACUGACAUGACUGUAUAAUAUUGUCAUUGUUAUUAUAGUUCUAUUUACCGGCAUAUCCUGAUACGCAAUUCAACAGUCCAAUUUAUUUUUAGACAACAAGGUUUGGAUAUUCAGUGGGUGGAUGAUACCCACGCAUUGGCAGUGUUUUCUAAUCACAGAGCUGGUCAGUCCUUAUUUAUCUGCUCAUUCCUAUUGUUUUAUAUAAUUAUAUAAAUAUACUGAAUAUACUGAUAUAUUUCAGAAUUAAAUCUAGUAUGCUUCAUACUGAAUCUUAUG